UUUCUGCUGCCGAUGAUCAACUUCUUCCGUUAAACCCGGUAAAAUCCAUCCACACAGAUACUGGUACACACAUGAGGCUAUGGCAGCUGUGUUCGGGAAGAUCCAGAUCGGCAUAUAUGUGGAAAUCAAGCGGAGUGAUGGCAGAAUACAUCAGGCCAUGGUGACAUCACUCAAUGAAGACAAUGACAGUGUGACGGUUGAAUGGAUUGAAAACGGAGAUACGAAGGGAAAAGAGAUUGAUUUGGAGAGCAUAUUUGCACUGAAUCCAGAUUUGGCACCUGAGGAGGAAAUUGCACAAAGUCCAGAAACUCCUCCGCCGCCUGUGUCCAGUGCCAUCAAAGUCAACAAGAUCCCUCAAAGCAAGAACCGCAGAACUGUAGCUCCACCUAAAAAUGAGACACCUGCAAGGGAUAACCGAGGCUUGUAUUCGUCUUCAGUAGGUACGACUCGAGCGCGUCCGAGUCAGCAGACCGAAGCCCCUCCUCCCGCACCCGUUCCACCUCCACCCAUUCAACAGCAAACCCUACAGCAGCAGAACGCUCGCAGGAAAUCCAACUGUGUGAAGGAAGUGGAGAAGCUCCAGGAGAAGAGAGAGAGGAGACGAAUACAACAGCAGGAGCUCCGGGAGAAAAGAGCUCAGGAGGUUGAUGCCACAACCCCAAAUUACGAAAUUAUGUGCAUGAUCCGAGACUUCAGAGCGAGUUUGGAUUAUAGACCACUGACAACUGCUGACCUGAUCGAAGACCAUCGGAUAUGCGUGUGUGUACGGACACGACCACUUAACAAAAAAGAGAUGACGGUGAAGGAUCUAGAUGUCAUCACAAUCCCUAGUAAAGACGUGGUGAUGGUUCACGAACCCAAGCAGAAAGUGGAUUUAACCAGAUACUUGGAGAAUCAGACAUUUCGAUUUGAUUAUGCGUUCGACGACACCUCAACUAAUGAAAUGGUCUACAGGUUUACCGCCCGGCCAUUGGUUGAGACUAUAUUUGAAAGAGGAAUGGCGACCUGUUUUGCUUACGGUCAGACGGGCAGCGGGAAAACUCACACGAUGGGCGGAGAUUUUUCAGGGAAGAAUCAAGACUGCUCGAAAGGCAUCUAUGCACUUGCCGCACGUGAUGUUUUUCUCAUGCUGAAAAAGCCAAAUUACAAGAAGUUGGAUCUUCAAGUCUACGCCACGUUUUUUGAGAUUUACAGCGGGAAGGUGUUUGAUCUUCUGAACAGGAAAGCGAAGCUUCGUGUGCUUGAAGACGGUAAGCAGCAGGUUCAGGUGGUCGGCCUACAGGAACGAGAGGUGAAAUGUACAGAGGACGUCCUUAAACUUAUCGAAAUGGGCAACAGUUGCAGGACAUCCGGACAGACGUCGGCUAAUGCGCACUCGUCCCGCAGUCAUGCCGUGUUUCAGAUUAUUUUGCGCAGGAGAGGUAAAAUGCACGGCAAGUUUUCUCUCAUUGACCUGGCCGGGAACGAGCGAGGGGCAGACACGUCGAGCGCCGACCGACAGACGCGUCUCGAGGGUGCCGAGAUCAAUAAAAGUCUCCUGGCACUGAAGGAGUGUAUCAGAGCUUUGGGUCGUAAUAAACCACAUACUCCAUUCAGAGCCAGUAAACUGACGCAGGUCUUACGAGAUUCUUUCAUAGGGGAGAAUUCUAGAACAUGUAUGAUUGCUACAAUUUCCCCUGGAAUGGCAUCAUGUGAAAACACAUUAAACACAUUGAGAUACGCCAACAGAGUGAAGGAGUUUGGGAUAAGCCCUUCCGACAUUCCCUUCUCCCAGGGGGGAGGCGGUCGCUCCGAGCUCUCUCCUACCUAUGAGUAUGAUGACUUUGCUACCUCACCCAGCAGGGUGAAGGAGUUAACCAUAGACCCCAGUGCAGUGAUGGACAUUCGGUCCGGCGGACACUCGGUGAAUCAGCUGGAUGUUUUGGAAGCGCAGUGGGGUGUCGGCAGCUCUCCACAGAGAGACGAUCUCAAGCUGCUCUGUGAGCAAAAUGAAGAAGAAGUGUCUCCUCAGCUCUUCACCUUUCAUGAGGUGGUGUCUCAGCUGGUGGAGAUGGAGGAGCAGGUUCUAGAAGACCACCGGGCCGUCUUUCAGGAGUCCAUACGUUGGCUGGAGGAUGAGAAGGUGCUUUUGGAAAUGACAGAAGAAGUUGAUUAUGACGUGGAGUCUUACGCCACUCAACUCGAGCAAAUUUUAGAUCAAAAGAUCGACGUCUUAACAGAGCUCAGAGAUAAAGUGAAGUCUUUCCGUUCCGCCCUUCAAGAAGAAGAACAGGCCAGUAAACAAAUAAACCCCAAACGUCCUCGAGCGCUGUAGCUCGACUUCAUCACCAGCUCACGUUUUACUGCUUAAAGACCUUUUUAACAAUCAAUCACAACGGCUGUUUCUCUUUAUCAGCUGUCAAUGUAUGUACAUCAGUAACCUGCUGUAAGUGUUGUGAACGUUUCAUCUACAAAAGCACAUUUAAAAUCCUAAUUGUAUAGAAAGUUCAUUUCUGUUUUUACAAACGUUAACAAUCCGGACAGCCGUGAAAGAGAUCUCGGGUUGUUCGGUCUGUAAGUUAAUGCAUGCAAAAACCAGCUUUGAUUGUACAUCUGUACAUAUUUCAUUAACAUUAUUCAUGACAUGCUUUUCAAAUGUAUAUAGCUGCUCCUUCAUUUAAACAAGAGUUUGCGUGUUUUUCCAUUGGAGAAAGAUCUCAAAAUUUGUCUGACGUAGCUUGAAAUGAUUUAAUUAUAAUCUAAAAACACUGUGCCUCGUUUAUAACACAUUUCAGCUUGACUCAUUUUUAUUUAAGGUGGUAUCGUAUAUGGGUAAAAAAGAUAAGUUAUAGAAACAUUGCACAUCCCUUGUUCCAAUACAAACGCUGCUGUAUUAUCUUUGUUGAGAUUUACAGAAACUGACUAGAUGAACAUUAUAUGUAUGUUCUGGUUUUAUUUAAAGACUUGUUUGAAUAUGAUUGUAAAGGGAAGGUGUCAAUAUAUGUUUGUGUUAUUGGGAUUUAGUUAUAUGCCAGUUAAAGCAUUUCCUCAAACAACACUAAGUACUGUAAAGGAAGGCCAUAUUACAACAAUACACUACAUUUAUGUGAAAGUACUUUACACGUGGCUAAUCUAGAUCACAUCCUAGAACUUUAAAAUGUCAUUUGGUAAACUCUGAUGAAAUGACUUUUGUUACCGGAUGGUGUUUUGUAAUUGAGAACUACUGUAUGUGAAAAUGUUCUUCGGGUCAGAUCCGCGCCAAAGUCAGCAGCUUCGGUACAGAUCCGGCCCGGAUUCAGCUCCUGUCUGGGGAGGGUACGGUCUGUUUUUAAAUGCAAUUUAUAAAAACUGUCAGUAUUUUGUUUUAACGCUUUUCUACCAAACAAUUUCGUUUUCAUGUCAUUCUGAAAGAGGAGAGUUGUGAAUCUGUGCUGUCAGUGUUCAUGCAAUGUACUGCACCAUUAUAAAUAAACAGCCAUCUAUCAACUUCA